AUGGCGGUGAUGGAGGUCUCUCUAUUCGCGAACGCGGGCGCUGGAGUUCCUCCCCGCCGCUUCGUUGGUCUCUCUUCGCCGGAGACGAAGAAGAAGAGAUCUUUGGGCGUUGUUUUCGUUCGGAGAAACAGUAUGAAUUGGGAACAAAGUUUGAACUUUUGUUUUGAAAUGGUGAUGAGAUUAAUGGAAGGUGCCACUGUUUGUUUCCGCAUUUGUGUCCCGCCAGAACUAUUAAUUUUGUGCAAUGACUCCGGAAAAUUGAACUCUUUAGUGGUAUGUGAUGCAAGAGGUCCUCGACCGAGAUAUCCUCGUGUAUGGAAAUCCCGGAAAAGAAUUGGCACCAUUUCAAAGUCACAAAAGCUUGUUACUUGUAUAAAAGGACUUUCAAAUGUCAAGGAGGAGGUCUAUGGUGCCCUUGAUUCUUUUGUUGCAUGGGACUUGGAAUUCCCUUUGAUCGUAGUGAAGAAGGCAUUGAAAACGCUUGAGGAUGAAAAAGAGUGGAAGAGGAUAAUUCAAGUGAUAAAGUGGAUGUUGAGCAAAGGGCAAGGGAAGACGAUGGGGAGUUAUUAUACAUUAUUAAAUGCUCUAGCCGAGGAUGGAAGGCUUGAUGAAGCUGAAGAAUUGUGGACUAAGAUUUUUUCAAGAAAUUUGGAAUGUCUGCCUCGUGUUUUCUUUGGCAAGAUGAUAUCAAUAUACUACAAGCAUCAGAUGUAUGAGAAGAUAUUUGAGGUAUUUGCUGAUAUGGAAGAACUAGGUGUCAGUCCUGAUAAAAGGAUUGUAGAUUUGAUGGGUAAUACCUUCCAAAAACUGGGCAUGCUGGACAAAUACGAGAAGUUACAUGAGAAGUAUCCACCACCCAAAUGGGAAUACCGGUACAUCAAAGGCAAGCGUGUGAGGAUCAAAAUGAAAAAUCUAAUCGACAGUUAUGGUGAGGAGCCUGAGUAUAAUCUUCUCAACCAGGAUGCAGAAUCAUCCUCCGACCCAGAUGAUCUACAAAAGACACGACAUCAAGGUGUAGGGAUCAAAGUGGAACAUCUGACUGACUCUGAAGGGGAGCAAGAUCUUCAAAUCCGUUCCGGUGAGGAGCCUGAGCAUAAUCCUCUCGAUCACGAUGCAGAAUCAUUCUCUGACCAAGAUGAAACGGAAAACAUCUAACGGACUCCGAUGAGAAGCAGCAAGAUGAACACCAAGUACAACUUGAAGCCAACCACAAACAACCUAACAUUGCAAAUCCUUAAGAGAUUAACAUCAUUGUGCAUCUCUCUGACUGUUUCAUGGAAAACCUGUAUUUUAUCUGAUAUCUAAUUGUACUCUGAUCACAUUCCAAUGUUUUUGGUUAAAAAUCAUAGAUCUGCGUGAAGCAUAAAGCAGAAAAAGCUAAAUAUGGUCA